UGCGGCAGCCAGUUGUUGUACUACACCCGUGAGAGGUGGAGCAGCCCGACACACCCGAGCGACUGGAGGCUGCUGUCCAGAGAGCGAGUGACUGACAGCUGUCGGACUCGUGUCCCCCCCUCCCUCCCCAGGCCUCGUCGCUCUGUGUGCUCGCGACCUCUGGCGUCAAAACUUUUUACAACAACUUUGUUCCUCUCGCAACUUGACGCCGCUGCCACGUAGCUCCGUCUUCCUGGAGCCGAGGGGCCGCCGGGCUUUCAGGAUCCUCGCUGCUGUUCACGGACACAAGCAGACCAGGAGCAGCGCGGAACCUGGACGCUGACGUUUAUUCUACAGAUGUCUGUGAAGACACGGAUCCAGUUCGGCAGUGUGACUGAAACGUGCUCAGAACGCGACCGACGCCAUGGGUUGCUCCAUCCCCCUAUUGGCCAGUUUGGUAUCCACUCUGGGAGGCCUGGUCUUUGGCUAUGAGCUUGGCAUCAUCUCCGGGGCUCUGUUGCAGCUGAAGGCAGAGUUCUGUCUCUCGUGUGUCCAGCAGGAGGCUCUGGUCAGCUCUUUGUUGUGUGGAGCUCUGCUGGCCUCCACCAUGGGCGGCUGCUUGAUCGACCGCCACUGCCGCAGGAACACCAUCCUCCUCAGCAACAUCCUGCUCCUGACUGGCACUCUGGUCCUACUCAUCAGUUCGUACUCUGCACUGGUGCUUGGCAGGAUAACAGUCGGCUUCGCCAUGUGUAUCUCCUCCAUGUCCUGCUGCAUCUUUGUGUCAGAAGUGGUUACCCCAGAUCGCAGGGGGUUUAUGGUUAUACUGUAUGAGGCUGGGAUCACUGUAGGCAUUCUGUUUGCUUAUGCCAUCAACUACAUCCUGUCUGACUCCAGGAGCGGGUGGAAGUGGAUGUUUGGAUUGGCUAUAGUUCCGAUUCUGGUUCAGCUGGUCUCUGUCUGGUUUCUUCCAUCCAGCACUCGGGCUGAAGCAGACCUCAUGAGCCCCACUGAAACCCAGCAAGCAGAUGACAAGCAGAAGUGCGACAGCAUGUACCUGUUCCAUCGUAAAGACAACAUGAGGACUCGGACUGUCAUUGGACUGGGACUGGUGCUCUUUCAGCAGUUCACAGGUCAGCCCAACAUUCUCUUCUACGCCUCCACCAUCUUCGACUCAGUGGGCUUUCAGAGUGGUGACUCAGCAGUGCUGGCCUCUGCAGGCUUGGGGCUGGUCAAAGUGAUCGCUACUCUGACCUCGAUGGUGUUGUCAGACAGGGUGGGCAGGAGGCCGAUGCUCAUCAGUGGAUGCUCUGUUAUGGCACUGUGUCUGAUAACCAUUGGACUCCUCAGUGGACAUUCACCCAUGAACACUAAGAGGCCUUGUCAUCUGGAUUUCAAUGUGAACACUACAGAUCUUCCUACGUCACCUGCUGAUGGUCGGUCAGACGUUGACAUGCCUCUUGACGAGAGCCACGGGCGUCUCUACAACAACACAGAAGAUGAAAAUUUAGUAUUUGAUAAAGUCGGAUUAAAAACUCUGGAACCUGCUUCAGAGUCGCCCUCAAGCGUCUCUGGCUCAUUUGUGAGCUGGAUCAUUCUGAUGUGUAUGAUGGCUGUCGUCAGUGCAUACUCCGUUGGAUUUGGACCAAUGACCUGGCUUCUCCUGAGUGAAAUAUUUCCAGCUGCUGUCAGAGGAAGAGCAUUCGCAUUCAUCAACUGCUUCAACUGGGCUGCAAACCUGUUGGUCACAUUCACUUUCCUCAAUGUUGUUGAUGCCAUCGGUUUGUCAAAGAUGUUCGUUUUGUACGGGAUCACCGCUGUGGCAGCUGCAGUUUUUGUUUACCUCGUGCUGCCGGAGACCAAAGGGAUGACUCUGGAGGCCAUAGAUGAGGAGCUGCGUCUGAGCAGGUUUUACAGCGGGGACAAGUUCUGUGGCUGCAUCAGCCGAACAAAGACUCAAACACAGUACCAGAGAGUUCACUGUCACAUCACCACCUCCGGCUGAACAUUCAAACUCUGUGACACCGACGAGGUGGUUCAAAGACAAAGAAUACAAAAACACUGACUUUUACUCUGUGCCUCUUGACAUUCAAGUCUGUGUGGUGUUUUUAUGAAAUGCUUUGAUCAUUUUUUUUCCCUUUUUUGUGUUUUGUGGGAUAAUAUUUGUUGAUCGUACGAGAUGAACUUGGCACUAAAUUGCACUUUUGAAUGAUUAUUUGACAGAGUUCAUGUCUCUGUCCCAGAAGAGCAUCACAGUGACUCAUACUCCCAACAUUAAGAAAAUUGGCGGUGGGAUUCAUGCGGGGCUCAGCUAUCUUUGGAGAUGGCUGGUAUGUCCAGAAUAUCAAUAACAGGACAUUAUGUACUUUUUACAACUGUCAUGCAAGAGAUUGAUAUCAUUUGAGUUAUAAUAGUCAAUAUUUAUUCAUGUGAAACCUAAUUGUCAAACUGUAUGUUUGACAAUAACGUUUUUUUGAAAGUAGAUAGCGUGUGUUGACAGAAUGCUAUAACAUGCAGCUAUUCUGAAUUUGAUAUGUUGACUGUGUUUUAGAUAUUUCAUUCAUGCUACUGUGCCAUUAGGACAACAUACCUCUCCUGUUAGCCAUCGAUGUGGAGUCUUCACAUUAAAUUGUCAUGGUCUGGUCUUGAUGUACAGCAGCACACCCAAAUUGAAUCAGAUUUAAAGGCGGAGUCUCACGGUGAUGGGGAAAAUUGGUUGCUUGGAUUUCAAUUAGGAAAGACACAAUUUAACAUGAACACAGAAGCUUUAUAUUAUAACGUCACAUGUGGCACAGGAGGUAGAGUCGGUGGUCCACCAACCCAAAGUUCGGUGGUUCGAUUCUAGUUUCCCCUGGUCUGCAUGUUGAAGUGGCGGCUCUUCUGAAUGUGUGUGAAUGUGACUUGUCCUGUAAAGCACUCUGUGUGAACAAUGAGAGGAGAACAGAUGUAACUGUGACUUUUUGACUUGGUCAUAUUUUGUGAUUGUACGCAGCCCAGGAGGUGACAUGGGUGAUUUACAAAUAUAUAUAAUUUGCACAUGCGCGACUUACGUAUCUUGGUUCACAGUUCACAUGCUUUGUCCCAUCAGCCAGACAGUUUGUCUGCUCAUUCAAACAGAGGGGGUCAAAGAUAUGUUUAAGUGUUGAUUUAUUUAUGUUUCUUAGGAUUAUGUAUGGCAGUGAUAUACAGUAUAUUGUGUUGUUUUCAGAAAGCAGUUCUACAACAGGUCGUACAACCUUUGCUCAGCGGGCGGCCCGUGGCGUAGGAGGUCGCCUUGGGGGUGAAGUGAACAUAGAACAGUGUCGCUCUUCUUUUCGGUUGCAGCGGAAUAUGCAAGGAACAUAUUUGUAUUAAUCAUUGUUAUACUAACAACAUUGUUAACAACGGCUCUGGAAUGACUGCUCCUAUUCAGUCUAUUUGUCAUGAUUCUGCCCUCAUGAACUCUUGGUUCUAGUGGACUUUUGCUUGAUUGUUAUUCCUUGUGUAUCUGUUGUGUUGGUUUCUUGGUCCCUGGGUGUUGUUUCCUGUUUUGUCUUGUAAUAACUUUCAUUGUGUCCGGGCUUUAGUUAAAUUACUUUUGUUA